AUGCCGUCAUUGCAGGAUGAGCUCUUCCCAUCGACGCCGGGGAAGGUGAAGAGCGAUAGAGUUCAUCCAAUAAAUCGCCAUGUUCAUCGAUGUUUCUCUUCUACAAGCACUAUGUUCCUCUGGGCUCUCUUCUUUAUUGCUCUUACUGCUUCGUAUCUCAGUUUUCAAAGCUUCGUCGAUUCAGGUAGUCGCUAUUUUGCCUCUUCUUGGGGUGGGAUACAAUGGGAGAAACAGGUAAGAACCUCCGCCGAGAUCCGCCGGACCGGUGGUAUGUCUGUGUUGGUCACCGGCGCCGCCGGUUUUGUAGGAACCCACGUCUCUCUCGCCCUCAACAGACGCGGCGAUGGCGUAGUGGGUCUCGAUAAUUUCAACAAUUACUAUGACCCAUCACUGAAAAGAGCUAGACAAGCUCUCCAGAACAGCCAUGGAAUCUUCAUCGUCGAAGGAGACAUCGCCGAUGCUCACCUUCUCGCAAAGCUCUUCGAUAUCGUACCCUUCACCCACAUUAUGCAUCUUGCAGCUCAAGCUGGUGUACGGUACGCCAUGGAGAAUCCUGACUCAUACGUUCACAGCAACAUCGUUGGCCUCGUUACUCUCUUCGAAGCCUGUAAAUCUGCGGACCCUCAACCGGCCGUGGUCUGGGCUUCAUCGAGUUCGGUUUAUGGGCUUAACGAGAAGGUUCCAUUCUCCGAAUCAGACCGGACGGACCAACCGGCGAGUCUCUACGCAGCAACAAAGAAAUCCGGUGAAGAGAUCACCCACACAUACAACCACAUUUACGGUCUAUCCGUAACAGGUCUAAGGUUCUUCACGGUUUACGGUCCAUGGGGUCGACCGGACAUGGCUUACUUCUCUUUCACCCAAAACAUCCUUGAAGGGAAGCCGAUCACCGUUUAUCGAGGAACGGGCCAGAUUGAUCUUGCGAGAGAUUUCACUUUUAUCGAUGAUAUCGUGAAGGGCUGCUUAAGAUCGUUGGAUACGGCGGGAAAGAGCACGGGUACUGGAGGUAAGAAACGUGGGCCAGCACCGUAUCGGAUCUUCAAUUUGGGGAAUACGUCACCGGUAACGGUUCCAACAUUGGUUGCGAUACUUGAGAAGCAUUUGAAGACGAAAGCCAAGAUAAACAUAAAUGAUAUGCCACGGAAUGGUGAUGUUCCGUUUACCCAUGCUAACAUAAGCCUGGCGCGUAGAGAGCUCGGGUAUAAACCCACCACCGAUUUGGAGACUGGAUUGAAGACGUUCGUCAGAUGGUACCUCUCUUACUACGGUUACGAUAACGGCGAAUCUGUAAACUGACCUUUUUCUCCCUCUUUUUUUUUUUUUUUGCCCUUUAAUUGUUAAAAACUGAUUCUACCAGAUAAAAGAAAAAAAAAUGUUAAAAAUUGAUUCUUUGCUUGGGGAGACGGCAGACAAGAAGGCUUUAAUCCUCAUACAUAUAUAUGUAUUAAAAAAACUAAAAAAACUAAAAACUAAACUUUAUCCUCAUUAGAUCAUUUAAACGGGUAUAGGGGUUUUUUUGUCAGGAAAUCUUGGUAUCAAUCUGACAGUAAGGGCGUUUCAGUCUAGUUCAGUUGAGGUCAUGUUUUGUAAAUAAAGUUUGUAAAGUGGGAUAGUUUUGUCAUUUGGGAUCUUACGUUUUCUUCCAUCUUUCUGCCUUUGAAAAGUUAUAAAUAGGCAAAUGUUGAUGGAUGCUGCCAACAAAAAUUUUGGAAGGGGAUGUUGGUGUACAAUGUCUUAUAUUUCGUUACAAUUUAAUCCAGGGAGUACUGGUACAGGCGCCUCGACAGGCAAGACGAUGGUUUUGUUAGCUGAUCAGCUGGACGUAGGGGUUGCAAGGGGGCAGGAGACCCCCUGCAUAGCAAGGGUGUAGGGGGUGCAUCCCCCAGCUCGAAUUUUUUAUUUGAGGGCAGUUUUGUAUUUUUUAGAUUAUGAUUUUUCACUAUAUAUUCAUAGCGAGGGAUUC